ACAGUUAAACGUGAUUUAAGCUCUACUUUCUCCCGAAUCCCCAUACCUUCCCUCCGGCCUUUAUCUCUUACCUAUUCUCCGUCCAACAUGUAAAUCUGAGCUCAGCAGCUGUACUCUCACCCAUCCUCAAGCCUUUUCUUCCAGUUUGGUUCCCUUUCUUCACCCUGUGUGGACAGAAAAUGUUGGUGGCUCUCUCUUUGUUGCUUGUAUGCUCUUCAGUCUUCACUAGUCCUGCAUUUGCUGUUAAAGCUACAUAUUUUGAUGGUAACAGAUUCAGUUCGGUCAAGAAUUGGGGAUCAUUCUUAGUCGAUACCGCUACGAAUCAACCGAUAUGAUAGAUACGAUACCGAUAUUUGAAAACAUGCCCAAGAGUUGAGGGGGUUCACAUGUGUCAAAAGAUGAAUGAAAAUUAAUAAAUUAAUAGUAGGACUCACAUCUUUUGACACAGUUCAUGUAAACAUUAUAUGUAAAUCACUUCAGGUACGUGGAGAUUCCCCGAACUCCGACUCUAUAAAUUGAGGGUUGGCCUUGCCCUGACCUACAUGUACAGCCAAAGAUUAAGUUCUAAAGGGAAAAAUAAAAAGUGAGAGAGAUCAGAAGACACUUGGGCCUCUAAGCCUCAAGAGUGAGAAAGCGUUUCUAGAAAAAGAGGAGAGGAAAAAUGGCUGAGAGUGUAGUGCUUCCCCUGGUACAGAAACUAGGUGAGCUAGUAAUGGAAGAAGCAAAUUUUCUCUCACAAGUCGAGCCAGAAGUGAAAUCACUCGAGAGACAACUUGACAUGAUGAAAGCUUCUCUGAGGGACGCAGAUCCAAUAGUAAACAAAAGCGAGCGGGCAAAACAGUGGGUGACACAACUCAGAGAGUUGGCCUUCAGGGUGGAAGACGUCAUUGACAUGUUUGUACACAAAGUGGUGCAUUACCGGCGGCAGGAUGUUGUUCGGAAGGUCAUCAAGUUCCCAAAACAUCUUAUUGAUGCUCAUCAGCUAAGAAGAAAUAUUGAAGGAAUCAAUGGAGACCUCAAAAGUCUUUUCGAUGGCAGAACGAAUUUUGAUAUUAAGCCUUUAGAGGAAGGUCAAACAUCUACUCAAAAAAGUCAACCUGACACUUCUUCAGGUGCCCAAAACUUUGGGCAUUUCAAUGUCGUCGGCUUUCAAAACGAAGCAGAGGAACUGGCGAAGAUGCUGAUGAAAAAGGAGCCCCUUGAACAGCGAGGUGUUGUCUCAAUUACGGGCAUGUAAUCCACCCUUUGCUAAAAAAAUCUUCCACAGAGAUGAUGUGCACAGGCACUUUGAUUGUCGAGCCUUUGUUACUAUAUCAAAAAUAUAUAGUAUCAGAGAUGUUCUUUACAACAUCAUAAGCCAAGUUAUGGUGCUUACGCCCAAAAAGAAAAAGAAAUGGGCAGCACAGAAGUCAAAUUUUUUGGAAAAAAAGCUUUCUGAUUUUCUCAAAGAGAAGAAGAGCUAUCUCCUUGUAUUGGACGACGUUUGGACGAACGAAGAUUGGGAUGAUCUGGAGCAGCGCACCUUCCUGUUUCAAUGCGAUGGUCAGCAGUGCAGAGUGUUGCUCACAACUCGUCAUGAAGGCGUAGCCCGUCAUGCCGACCCAAAUGUUGAACCAUACAAGCUACAACCUUUGGAAAAAGCGGAGAGUUUAAAACUCUUCUGGAAGGUUUUCUUCCGAUCCAAAGAUGAUGCAGACGUCGAAGGACAUCUCAAUGGUCUUGACAAGGAGAGAAAACAGUUGGCAAAGAAGAUUGUAAACAAAUGCGAUGGAUUACCGCUUGCUAUUGUCGUAUUGGGAAGCCUUUUAUCCGAAAAAAGGACAAAAAGUUUUGCUGAAUGGGAGAAAGUGCACAAAAGUGUGAGCUGGCAUCUAGACUCAAUUGACAACGUUCGAAACGUAUUAAGUCUAAGUUAUAUCGAAUUACCUUCUCAAUACAAGCUUGGCUUUCUUUAUUUUGGGCUUUUCCCAGACGAUACUGAGAUUGAGAGGGACAAAUUGAUUCGGCUUUGGGUUGCGGAAGGAUUUCUGGAACAGAGAGGAGACUUAAGUAUGGAAGAUGUGGCUGGAGAAUGCUUAGAGGAGCUGAUGCAGAGAAACUUGAUCCAAGUUGCAAAGUGGAAAUCAAACGGGGAACCUGAAUCAUUUAUUAUUCAUGAUGUACUCUUGAGCUUGGCAAUAUCGGAAGCCAAGGAAGGUAAGUUUCUUAACAUCUCCAGUACUCAAGAUGCCUUGGAAUGUUAUCGACGCGUAGCCCUCCAUAGUAGGCAUGGUGAGCAAGAUCCUAUUCCUUACCAUCCCUCAAGUUUAAAUAUUCUCCGAUCAUUGCUCUGUUUCACUGAAAUGUCCCCACCGUCUCUUUGUGGACAAUUCAAGCUACUUACUGUGUUAGAUUUAGAGGUUACCCCAGAAACUGAAAGUUUGCCCAAGGAAAUAGGAAACCUCAUUUUGCUCAAAUACUUCAGCUUAUGUGGAACCGGUUUGAAAACUCUUCCACCGUGGGUUGGCGACUUAUUUAACCUACAAACUCUCGACCUGCGCAAAACAAGCAUUGAAUCUCUCCCCAUGGAAAUUUUAAAAUUGAAAAAGCUAAGGCAUCUUCUAUCCCAUAGUAGAAUCCCCAAGUGGAGAUCUGAUGAUUCCAUUGUUAAGAGUGUUUCUGGGAUUUGUGGAUAUCCUCCUCCUACUAUUAGACACCUCGGUGAUCUACGUGAUCUCCAUACACUAUGGCUUCGAACAGGCGAUUGGAUAGAGGAUGGCCUCCAGAUGUUGAACAAACUGAAGGAACUAUGCAUAUUUGGAAAUGAAGGUGACGGACUCAUGGAGAAAUUUGGUCAGGCAUUGUAUGGGUCCCUGGUCAAACUGCUGAGCCUUGAGGUCCUACACUUGCAGGAUUAUGGAUACGGAGGAAAUCUCCCUUCAUUUGCGGAACAUAAGUGUCUCUAUGAUCUCAACAUUAUAGGAUGCUUGGCGAAGCUACCUGACUGUGACAACUUCCCACAUAGCCUCACUAAGUUGCGAUUGGCUUGCGGUCAUCUGAAAGAAGACAUGAUGGUAACAUUGGAAAAGCUGCCCAACUUAAAGAACCUCACAUUAGAUUGGCACCAAUAUGAUGGAGUGGUGAUGAAAUGCUCUGCAGGCGGGUUUUCUAAACUUGAGAUUUUGAUUCUCAUUUAUUUUGAUUGGUUAAGGUAUUGGAUAGUAGAAGAAGGAGCAAUGCCUAAUCUGAGGCUAUUAGAAAUGAAUCGCCUUUUUGGGUUAAAAUGGAUUCCCGGUGGGCUAAGGCACAUCAGAAAACUACAAAAACUUAAAUUGGCCAUGCCGAAGGAGUUCCUUGAGAGAGUUAAAGAAGGUGGAGAAGAUUGGGAGAAGAUCAAACAUGUACCUUCUAUCAUUACACAGAAAGAAGAAAUUCCAGAAAUCAAUUUGAAAGGAUUUGAUGAAAUGGAACGUAUGUGGUUUGAAUUUACUGGGCAAAACAUCCCUGAUGAUGAUUAAAUGAAGAUCUCGUGGAUUCAGCCAACCUUCGCAUCUAGAUCAGUGAGUUUUGACUCUCUCUCUCUCUCUCUCUAACAUAAUUUUUGUAAUGUGUUGAUGUACAGACGUCGUGAUGAAUUGUUUUGAAAAGAACAAAUUCAUUACAAAUGCAAAAGAAGUGGCUAAUCUACUCCAACGUGAAGCUGAAUCCACGUGCAUGGUUGUGACAAUGUCUAGAUUGUGUCCUAGAAAUAAAGAAGUAAUUCUCAAGUUGGGUCAUGUGCAGUAUCCUACUCGUAGUGUUGGCUAAUGAUUUGUGUAUAAUUAAGUCAAGGAAUUUCCAUUUCCUGAAUGUCUGAGACAUAUUGGGGUGUUUGAUGUGGAGUUAAAGGGUCUUCUAAGGUUCUUAUGUUGUGUGGUUACAGUCUAUUAGCAAAGUCUUCAGUCCGAACAGUAUGGCUAUUUGUUUUUUCCUUCCAAUAAUAUUUAUUGUGAUUUCGACUA